AUGGAGCAGAACUGGCCUGAGGGGGAAGAGCACUACGCCAAGCUGGCCAUCAACAGCCUCGUGGGGCUUUUUGCUCGGCACUGGGAUCACAUCUUUGUCACAGAGCUGCUCUCCAACAGUUCCUAUCGACCUAUUCAUGACUACAUCAUGGGUGCCGAGUACGUGGCAGUGGCCCGGAUUCGGCAGGCCUUGGCGGACGUGCCAAAGCGCUACCUGAAGAGCAUCAAGACCGAUUGCCUGGUGAUGCAAGACGUCCCGAAGAAGCACCGGCCCACCGUGGAGCGGCUGCUGCAGAUGUCGCACCGUGACGGCACCCCCGUGUCCCGCUACGAGGAGGGGCCGGGCUGA